AUGGCCCGCAUCCUCAUAACUGGCUCCUCCGAUGGCCUCGGCCUCGCCGCGGCCCAACGCUUAAUCUCCCAAGGCCACACCGUCGUCCUGCACGCGCGUAACCCCCAACGCGCAUCCGACGCCACCACCGCAUGUCCCGGUGCCGAAACAGUGGUAACAGGCGACCUGUCCAGCCUCUCCGAGACCAAAGCCCUCGCAGCUCAAGUCAACAACCUAGGUACCUUUGACGCCGUAAUCCACAACGCAGGCCUCUUCCGCGGCCCCCUGCGGAAAACCAGCGAGGGAAUCCCCGCGCUGGCUGCUGUAAAUACAAUUGCCCCGUACGUCCUCACUGCUCUGAUUAACCGCCCCAAACGUCUGGUUUUCUUGUCCUCCGAAAUGCACAAGUAUGCGAAUAAGGAGGAGGAUCUGGAUGAUCCGCUGUGGAAGACGCGGCGACGCGGCCUGCACAAUGUCAUGUUUGCAAAGGCGUUUGCGCGUAGGUGGCCGGAGGUUAGGAGUAAUGCGUUGGAUCCGGGGUGGGUGGCUACGAAGAUGGGGGGCAGUUCGGCGCCGGAGAGUAUUGAUGCGGCGGUUGAGAGUUAUGUUAUGCUUGCGGUAGGAGAGGAGGCGGAGAAGAAGAGUGGGUGCUAUUUUCAUCCUAGUAAGCGGGAGGGAAAGCCGCUGGAGGCUGCGGAGGAUGAAAAGGCGCAGGAUAGGUUGUUGGAGGUUUGUGCGGAGUUUUCUGGUGUUAGGCUGCCGUGA